AUUCUGUUCCUCCUUUGAAAGGACAACUCCUUUCACGAGGUUUUCCUAGACACAGGCAAAGUCUUGUUCAUCGUGAAUGGAAAAGCAGUUUCAUUUGAGGCAUUAGAUAGUAACUGGAGCUGAAAUUCAGGUGUCAUCUCCCUGCAGCUCUUCUCCAGAAGCAGGUGUCUCAGCACGCCAAAUUUACCCUCAAAUAGCAUUUCUUUAUAGGAGCUGAAAUGGUACCUCCCCUCCCUACGUUUCAGGCUCAAAUUAGCAGCCCUGUCUGGAAAUCCUCCAGCCAGAAUAAGACUAAGGGAGACCAAAAAGACAGUAUCAACAUAGAGACUUCUGAGUUGUUUUCUCUAUUUCUUCUUACCCUGACUUUGGUGCAAAAGUUAUUGCUCAUACAACCCCCCACAAAAUCAUAAAUAAAGUGGAUUAGGAGAUUACACCAUCACGGAGAAAAUUCCACCCUCAUAAUCUCCUGCUGGGCCUGUAAUCUGCAAGACUUUCCCAUUUUACCUCCUUUCUAUUUUAACCCUGAAGUCUUAAUACCUGUUGGGAGCCAGUCAUCCCCUGAGCCUCAUUGGCUGCAGGGGGAUUUGCUGGGUACUUAAAUGUCACCCUCUUGUCCAAAGAGGGUUUUGUGCUUUGAAAUUGUCCUGGGAAGAGGUGCCUUUCGCAUCCAUCACCACCAACACCAAAUCAGAACAACCCCCACACAAGGCAGUUUGGCUUUUUCCCUAAUACUGUGAUCUCUGCGGCACUGGGGACAUUGGGACUUUAAAGGCAAGAAGCAGAAUUUCGAAGCCCUCGAAUUUCAAAAAACAUCGAUUUUUGGCUGCAAAGCGAUCAGGACUUUGCUGUGGAGAUGGGGAACAUGGACGGGAAAACCGUGGAGGAGCUGAGCACCACCGAGUGCCACCAGUGGUAUAAGAAGUUCAUGACGGAGUGUCCUUCUGGCCAGCUCACCCUGUACGAGUUCAAACAGUUUUUUGGCUUGAAAAACCUGAGUCCGUCAGCGAACAAAUACGUUGAGCAAAUGUUUGAGACGUUUGACUUUAAUAAGGACGGCUACAUAGAUUUUAUGGAGUAUGUGGCAGCUCUGAGCCUGGUCCUGAAAGGGAAGGUGGAUCAGAAGCUGCGAUGGUAUUUCAAGCUCUACGAUGUGGACGGGAACGGCUGCAUUGACCGGGGAGAACUGCUGAACAUCAUCAAAGCUAUUAGAGCCAUCAACCGGUGCAACGAAACGAUGACAGCUGAGGAAUUCACAAACAUGGUGUUUGACAAAAUUGAUAUAAAUGGAGAUGGCGAGCUCUCCCUGGAGGAGUUCAUGGAGGGUGUACAAAAGGACGAAGUGCUGCUCGAUAUCCUCACCCGCAGCCUGGACCUGACACACAUCGUGCAGCUGAUCCAGAAUGACGGGAAGAACCCACGUGAGCCGGAUCAGGAAGCAGAAGCUGCCGAGUAGGCUCCCGGGAGAUUUUCCCUUCAUCUCUACUUUUUCCCCCCUCGCAUUACUAAAACAAAUCGGGUUGUGGUUGUGGGAGCCGGUGAGCUGUCCCAGCGCCAGUGUGACAAGCGAUAGACUAUCCCACUAGCGCAGGGACCAGGAUCUGCUCCAAAAGCAUCGCUCCCUGGGCAGAGGGUUUGGGGGAGCCCUGGGGUCACCGAGCUCUGCCCGGCACAGCCGCAUCAGCCAGCAAAAAGAAAAGAGGGGGAACUGCCACCCUGGAAGCCACAGCCACCCUGGGACUGGCCACAGGGCCCUUCGCUGCUUGGGGGCUUUGAAAUCUGCCCUUCCCAGGAAGGGGGAGCAGCACCGGGCGAUGCAGGGAGAUAACACACCAAGAAAGCCUCAAAAUUCACCCCCUGGUCAUGGCCAACACCAGCAUCUGCAGCCUCUGCAGGGGACGAACCCCGAGGCUGCCGGCGCUUGGCCCCAGUGGUGACGGGGGCUCCCCAAGGACAUACGUACAAAACCUAGAAAACAGACGCAAACCUUCUCUUUCCAUACAUGUUUCCAGAGCAUGCAAUCAGCAGUUUUGAUCAUUCAUUCAUUCAUUGGUUUUUAUUCAGUUAGGAAUCGUUAGUGAUAACGUAAGACAAAAUCACCUCUGAGCUAGAAAAAGGGGAGGGGCGAAUGCAGUGGCUUUUCUUUGCUUAAAAGCUUUAAAAACAUAGAAAGGUGCCUUUAUGAACAACUAUCUGAACUUUAAGGGCAUGUUUCUCCUUGAAAUAUCUGGAAGGGCUGCAAUGUCAGCCUGAGAGGAAAAGGUUUUGCGUGUUUAUAGGAAUAUUCCUGCAUAUUGUCUAUGCAACAAACUUAAAGAACUCUCCUGCAAGCUGCAACACCCUUGAGCAUCGUGUAGUUUUAACUGCAAUGGCAACAAAUCGUCUGCCCACAGAUUGGAGGGGGGUGAUGCUGGAGAUGGGCUGGACGCAGCAUCCACAUCCCGAGCAUCCGCAACACCUGCGGAUCCCUGAGCAGGUGAUGGGAACUGUCACCCCCGCAGUACCAAGCACCGUCCCCCAUGGAAUAAAACCCAGUCACCCCUUCCUAGAGAACCCCAUCACAGCAACCUUGUCUGCCGACACUACUGACCAGUGCCACGAGCAGGGGCUGCACCCGGGACCCGCACACGCACAGGGGAGGCUGCGGGAGCAGUUCUGUCCCCCCAUCGCCCACUGUCCCCAAGUUGGGGCUGCGCCCCAGCUGCUCCUGGAGAGGAGUUUCCUCAUCUGAUGGGAGCAAGAUUCAGACCUGGAGAGGCAAUGCAGGACACUGGGAAAGAUGUCUUGCCCAGCUCAAAGACUUGUUAUUUAGCACUGGAUGCUCACUAUUCAUAAGCAACUUUCUGACCAUUUUUGUCCUGGGCAUCUUUUUCAUUUGACAGUGUUUUACCUGGAAGCUUUUGUACUUCCAAUCUUAUAGUGAACUAAUAAAGAUAUUUUACAAGUU